AAAGGGUAGAGGAACGCCAAAGGAUAUCGAAAGAAGGAAUUCGUGGAAAUAAAAGGUAAACAACGGGUGAUCGAGCGGUAAGAUCGAGCAGAAUCGUGGACAGAGGAAGCGGAUAAGUGGUGAAACGCGGUAACGGUAGCCGCUUUCAUCCCCUUUCCCACGGAUUUUCAUCGUAGCUAUCCGGCCGCGUGUGGCGGCCUCUUUAAGAAGGCUUAGCGUUCGCUACGAGAAGGAACGAGGAUGUACCCCGGCUGGAGCAUCGGGAGAAUCGGACCCUUUAUCGGGAACACGAAGAAAUGAAGUUAUCAGUGUCGGCUUAUAGAGCUCAGGCCAGUGCCCACAAAAAGAUCCUUUCCAACUAUCAGCAUCAGUUGAGUUACGGGGCCACCAAUCAGGCGUCCUCGGCCCGGACCCCCUCUGACCCCGCGACGUUCCUUACUGGCUUCAAGGUGGAUCGUGCGGAGAACGAGGAGGGCCAGGGAGGGGGUGGUCUGUCGACGUCUUCGGCGGGCUGCAGCGGUGCUUCCGGUUCGAGGAUGGGCCCUGGGCCCGACUCCGGUAGCAGUGCUCCCUCUUCUGUUCCCCACUCAUUGGCGACCUCGAGGGACGACGAGGACGACGAGGACGAAGAAAGCAGCGGACGACGUUCCAAUGGCCACACCGGAACGCGAACGAAGAGCAACCAACGAUGGAUGAAGCUACGGACAACGGUGCAACUCUCGUCGGCGAUCUCAACGAUCCAGAAGAAGCCGCCGUUGAAACGCGAGGACUCGUUCCUCAAGCGAUUUUCCACCAGACAGAUACCGGAGAGCCAGGAGACGUUGGACACGGGCGAGGGCGAAGGUGACGCCGCCGACGACAAGGAUUCGAGCGGCCGUCGCCGACGACGACCGAGGAGGCCGCAGAAACCACCCAAGACCGUGGUGAAUCCAGACGAGAACUUUUACUACUACUGGUUGAUGUUGCUGUCCGGCUGCGUGCUGUACAAUCUGUGGACGUUGAUCGUGAGGCAAAGCCUGCCGGAGCUGCAGGCGGUGGCGCCGGCCGCUUGGCUCGCCUGCGACGGUUUCACGGACCUAGUGUUCUUUCUGGACGUGGCGGUGCAGUUUCGUACCGGCUACCUCGAGCAAGGACUGAUGGUGUACAACAGCAAGAAACUGGCCGGUCAUUAUCUCAAGUCCAAGUCGUUCGUGUUGGACUUGCUGGCGCUGCUGCCGCUCGAUCUCCUCCAAGUGAACCUCGGUAGCAAUCCGAUGCUCAGGUUCCCGAGGUUCCUCAAGAUCUACCGCGUGUACAAUUACUACUACAUGGUCGAGUCGCGGACGGUUUAUCCGAACCUGUGGCGUGUGCUGAAUCUGAUACAUAUAUUGCUGAUACUGGCUCACUGGUUCGGCUGCUUUUACUACUUGCUCAGCGAAGCGGAGGGAUUCCAAGGUGAAUGGGUCUACCCGUACAGGCCAGGAGCGUACGCGACCUUGACCAGAAAGUAUCUCGGUUCGCUGUACUGGUCCACCCUCACCCUCACCACGAUCGGCGAUCUACCCACCCCGGAGACCAACGCCGAAGACGUACCGGGCGGCAAUCCCCGGAGCCUCGCUCGUCGUGGCCGACUGUCCCGGCUUCUGCAGUUCAAGCAUAACGGAGGGUAUCUGUAUCGUUUCCAGAAUUCAAAUAACGAGAAAACAAUACGAGAUCAUGCAAAAAAGAAAUCAGAACAGAUUGAGUCAGAACCAAAGAAAAAAAAAGAACAACAACAAUAAUAAUAAUAACGAGAGAAGAAUGAUCAGAGAUUCGAAAGAAAGAGAAGGGGGAUAAUAUAUCGGAGGAACGAUAAAAAAAAAAAAGAAACGCCAGGACAGCGAGUGAGAGAGGAGAACGAUCGCGAAAAUGGCGAUAGACUUGCGAUUCAGAUUGAGAUUGAAUGUUGGAAUGGAUGAAAAUUGUGGGAAAGAGAGAGCGAGAGUGAGUGAGAGAGAGAGAGAGAGAGAGAGAGAAUGCAAUGGGGAAUGAAAGUGACGGGAGAGCAAUUGGUGAGGAACGUGAGGAGAAAACGUUGAUAGAAAGGGAAGGAGGAGAGUGCGUGCUGUGAGUUGAAAAGAAU